UUCAAUCAUAGCGCCGGUAAUUCACCCAUUUUCGCAAUCAUCGAGUUUAAAUUGUGCAUAUUUGUUCAAAAGAAGUGUCUGAUGUAAAAAUGAUCUUCAGAAAUAUGUUGCGCGUAGUAAAUACCAGCCGUUAUUUCCAAUCUCUUCGGAAGGAAUUGCGAACAACCGGCAAUAACCCGUGGAUGCUCAUAGCUGGUAGAAGAAGUUGCUUUACUUCGCAGGCCAACAAUGAUGCGCUCAAUAUUUCUGACGAUAGAAUACAAAAGUAUUUGGAACGCCUUCGACUUGAAUAUUAUUCGCUGAAGGUACAGGAGCAGCGUACGAAGCAGAGUAUUCAACGAAUGCUACUGUUAUCAAACGUUGUGGAAAUGUUCGAGCAGCGCAAAAUCAUUGUGGAAAAUUUAACCUCUCUCAAAGAGCUGAAGGAAGAUAAGGAUGAUGAUAUGCAACAGCUGCUCAAAGAGGAACGUGAGGCAUAUGGUAGUAUCCUGGUGAGGUUGGAUAGCGAAAUCAUGAACGGCAUACUUUCAAUGGACGACGAGGAAGACUAUGGAUCGCUGAUCAUGGAAGUAACGGCGGGUGUCGGCGGUCAGGAGGCGAUGCUAUUUGCUAGAGAAUUGUUCGAUAUGUACUGUGGCUACGUUGACUACAAAGGCUGGGAUGUCGAAAUGCUGGAUUGCGAGGAUACAGAUAUUGGUGGAACGCGCCAUGCGACAACUAUUAUCAGUAGCCCGGAAGCUUACCGUUACUUGAAGUACGAAGGUGGCGUCCAUCGAGUGCAACGAAUUCCGGCAACAGAAAAAUCGGGACGAAUACAUACCAGCACCGUGACGGUAUCCGUCAUUCCGCGGCCGGAUGACUUCGAGGUUGACCUUAAGGAGAAGGACCUUAAGAUUGAAACAAAGCGCGCCAGUGGUGCAGGCGGCCAACAUGUUAACACUACGGACAGUGCAGUUCGUAUCGUGCACCUACCAACAGGUAUUGCGGUAGAGUGCCAAACCGAACGAUCGCAGGUGAAAAAUCGUGAAAUCGCUAAACAAAAGCUGGUUGCUAAACUAACGCAGCUCGAACUUGAGGCCAGGUUUAGCAGCACUCAGGCGCUUAAGAAGUCACAAGUUGGACAAAGUUUACGCAACGAAAAGAUCCGCACGUACAACUUUAACCAGGACCGCAUUACCGACCAUCGGGUAGAGGGAGGUACCGUUCACAAUUUGAAAGGUUUUCUUGAAGGUGGCGAAGAACUAGAUUCAAUGAUUGAAAAGCUCCGGCGUGCGCAAAGACGUAAACAACUUAUGGAUAUAAUUCAGCGAGAAUCUUAAUAUGCGGUUAGCUGUAUUCGGAAGUAGUCUGUUACAUAAAUAUACUUAUUUUACUGAUUCA